AUGACGCAAGCCCUCGCGCGCUCAUUGGCCGUGGCUGCCGCCCACACCCCCGCUGGUCACCAUCCCUCGCCUAUAAAAACCCCACCCCGCCUCUCCACUCCGCACACCAGCACCCCCUCUACUCCCCAGAACACCCGCAGAAAGCCCCAAGCCGCUUCCCUUCCCUCGCUGCUCGCCGGAGGAAGCCACCCCACCGUGGUCACCAUGGGUGGCCGGAAGUUUGGCGACGUUGCUGGCCACUCCCUUCCCCCUCCUUCCCUUACCUUGCGUUCCCCUUCUUCUGCUCAGCCUAACCAGCCCCUCCGUGCCGCCAGGACCACCGGAUACCAGCGCCGCCACCGCCGGGCCGGAAGUUGCUGGGAAGAAACUCGCCCACGGGAGGAGCCGAGGAGGACGAGGAAGGCAACGCCGAGCGCGCCCUGGGACUCCCUCGACCCGCCACCAUCCGCCGGAGCCUCGCCGCCGAUCGCCGCCGCCCGCCGAUUCUACCAAAUUCCUAAAAUUGAUGACCAGAGCACGCCGCCGCAAGACCUGCUGCCGGAGGCCGGGAAGAAGGAGGAGCAGCCGGAGCCGUUGGAGACGCCAUCGGGCCGCCCCAGGACGAAGCUCCGACGCCUCCACCUCGCCCUGCUCCCGCCGUCGACGAACCACCGCUCGCUGAUCUACAUCUCCACCAAAUUUCACUGUCAAACUCCUUCUAUUUCUCCGCGAAUCGACGAAUUUCUGCCCGAAUUUCCGCUCCUGUUCGUCGAGUUCAUCCUGACCGGCACUACCGGCCUAACGACAGCGGCAGUGCCGGCCUCCGCGUUGACCAUCUCCACCUCGCCGCCGCCCUGCUCUCGCCUUGCGCCGCCCGCGCUCGCCCUCCUCCCUGCCGCACGACCAGCAGCUCGCUCGGCCGCUCAACCCCCGCCCGGCCCACUCCACACAAGCGCGCCGCCUCCACCACCACGCGCCCGCCUCCACCGCGCCGCCCAAGCUAGCGAGGCCCAGGCCUUCGCCCACGUCUGCCCGCUCGCGCCACAGCAGCUCCGCCUUGCCUCGCCCACCUCCACCGACCCCAGCUCUGCGCGCCGCCCACGCACGAGCAAGCCACCGAGCCGCCGCUCGAUUCCAUCCGCGCGCGCAACCAUCCAUCAGGCCGCCGCCCCAGCUCGUCUCCGCUCGAGCCCCAGCCUGCACAACGCCCCGCCCGGCCUGGCCCGCCUCCACCCAGCCAUCGGCCCCGCAGCAUCACACCAGGCCGCCACCACCACGCAGCCGCCUCACCUCAAGCACGCUCAGCCACCACGCGCGGGUCAACGCCUUGGCUGCUCCCGCCCCCAUUCUCCACGCAGCAAGCCACCGAGCAAACCACCGGCAAUCCCGCCUGCGCGCCUCUGA